AUGACCGAGCAGGAGGCCUGGAGGGCUAUUCGCAAAAAGCUGCAAGGCCUCGGAAUAACCCAUGAGAUAUUCGCUCAAAAUUUUGAUUACAUCAAAAAUAGAAUUUCCACUGCUGUUCAUGAGGGAUCCCUCGAGGAUAUCUACGAACUUGAAGAUUCAGAUCCCGAAAAACUUCCCGGUCCGUCGGGCAGCACAUCAUCACCUAGAACGGCCAUCUCGUCUAUUCCUUCACGGCGGUCAAGUCGAGACGCGCUGCACGAACAAGAACUUUCCGGUCCGUCGGACAGCAUAUCAUCCCUUAGUACGACCAUCUCGUCUAUCCCUUCAUGGUGGUCAAGUGGAGACGAGCUGGACUCUGUUGGUGCAUUAGACGAUGCCCGCAGCGAGCAAGAGAAGGAUGUCGAGGCCGAAGCCGCAUACCGAGAUGCUUGGGAGAGACAAAAGCGAGCUCUUGGUAAGAACCACGUUGACACGCUGAGGUCUCUUACUCUAUUAGGCAAUACUCUCGAUAAUCAAGAGAAGUAUGCUGAGGCCGAAGUCGUGUUUCGAGACGUCUGGAAAGGACGAAAGCGAACUCUUGGCAAGAACCACGCCGACACACUGGACUCUCUUACUUCGUUAGGCGAUGCUCUCAGCCAGCAAGAAAAGCAUGCCGAGGCCGAAGCCGCAUACCGAGAUGCUUGGGAAAGACAAAAGCGAACUCUCGGCAAGAACCACGCUGAUACGCUGGAUACUCUUACUGCGCUAGGCGAUACCCUUGAUGAUCAAGAGAAGUACGCCGAGGCCGAAGUCGUAUACCGAGACGUGUGGGUGAGACAAAAGCGAACUCUUGGUAAGAAUCAUACCGAGACGCUGGACUCUCUUCAAACACUAGGUCAUGCACUUAGGUCCCUGGAAAAGUACACCGAAGCAGAAGUGGUAUACCGACAUGCAUGGGAAGGGCGUAAAGUAGCGCUUGGAGCAAAUCAUGAGGACACACUUAGUUCUCUUGACUGCCAACGCCGUGCUCUUGAGCAAAUUUCACGAUACAAAACGGCAGGCAAGACCCAACGCAGUACACGAGAAAGCGGUAACAGUGCCCGACCAGAGCGUUUGAGUGCCCCCAAAAUCAGGAUGGUAGCCCAGCGUCCACCAGGUGAUUCGGAGGGCAUCAGCGUUAAAUUGGUAUCAGCCAGUCGUCCAAAAGCGUCAGAUGACUCGGAGGGCGUCAGCGUUAGAUUAGUAGCAGCUCCGCAGAGGUAA